GGGUGUCCAUGGUGAUCUUCAACGAAGCCUUGAGCCUAGGAUCAUGUGCUCUGGCGCAUGCGGGGUUCAGAGAUACCAACCCCUCCUCUCUUUGUCAGCGGUACCUUUAAAAACGUACACGGAGCUGAGGCCGCUCCUCCGGGGUCUGUCCUUGCACUCGCCUACCUGGUUGCUCAGUGCUGCCUGAUUUCCACUGAGCUCAGAUCCCACGUGAGGACGUGUUUCGCAACCCUUGCCUCUGCCAAAGACCGCGACAGGUACGCGCUUUGCAUCUACCUAGCCCAGCAGACGUCAGGGAUGGCCUUUCCCAUCCAAGAGGCUUCUUCCACAUCACGCAGGACUCCAUCGCAUAUUCUCGCAACCCUCCUCCCAAGAUAUUUUCUUCAAGCCAAGAGGCACCUACCACGCUGCAUGCAUAAAAUCAGCCAACGAUCUCUAGCGCGUGGGACCCUUCAUCGUAUGAUUUAGGUUGACUUGUUUCGACCCUCGAUCCCUACGCGAGAAACACCAUGUCGAGGAUCGAGAAGCUGUCCAUCUUGGGCGUGCGCUCAUUUAGUCCCCAUGAGCAGCAGGCCAUCGCUUUUAACACACCGCUCACCCUAAUUGUCGGGUACAAUGGUUCGGGCAAGACGACUGUGAUUGAAUGCCUCAAAUAUGCCACCACGGGUGAGCUCCCGCCCAACAGUAAAGGCGGUGCCUUUAUCCAUGAGCCUGAGCUGGAAGGCGAAAAGGAUGUGCGCGCCCAGGUCAAGGUGUCGUUCAGAUCAACCAUAGGAGAGCAGUAUGUCUUGACUCGCAAUGUGCAAUUGACAGUCAAAAAGACCACAAGAUCGAUGAAGACGCUGGAAGGCAGUCUUCUUCUGAGGGGCCAGGCUGGAGGAAAAUCCUCGGACCGUCAUGUCAUUUCCACCAGAGUAAUGGAGCUGGACAAGCUGGUCCCAGAGAAGCUUGGUGUUUCGCCAGCCGUGCUUGAGGCCGUCAUUUUCUGCCACCAGGAUGAGUCCAUGUGGCCCAUGAGCGAACCCUCGGCUCUGAAGAAGCGGUUCGAUGAAAUUUUCGAGGCCAUGAAAUACACCAAGGUAAUCGACAAUCUGAAAGUGCUCCGCAAGAGAAAGGGAGAAGAGCUGCGAGAAUUGAAAAUUCAAGAGACGCAAGACAAGGUCAACAAGGAGAGAGCCGACAAGGUUGGCAGGCUCAUAAUACAAAUGAGCCAGGAGAUUGAAGAAGCGCAGACAAAAUGCAGCGAUAUCCUCAAGCAAAUGGGAGCCAAGGCCAAGGAAAUCAAGGACAAGCACGAACAGGCCAACAGUUUCUUGAAGAUUGUGAACGACCUGCAAAACAAGACCGAGAAGCUCGAAUACAAGAGCGAAGCUAUCAGGGAACUACGGAGCCGUAUCGAAGAACUGCCGGAUAGUGAUGAUGUACUGCGGAACACUCUGGCUGAGUAUGCGCAGACAAUAGAGAGGACUGUGGCCGACAGAGAUAGGAAGCAGGCACAGCAACAGGAGCUCCAAGCGGAUCUAAAGCAGUCUCGGGACAGGCAUACGGCCAAAGUUGCCGAACAGGGCAAACAUCAAUCCGAUAAGGACAAGUAUGAGCGCCAACUGGCCACAAGAGAUCGAAUGGUUCACGAGGCGGCCGAGCGCCACGAGAUUCGCGGCUACGAUGGAGACCUGGACGGUGAUCUGAUCGAGUCUUUUUACGAACGUAUCCAGAAGGCCCUCAACGACAAAAAGCGCGAGCUGGAGCGGCUCCAGAAGAGCAAUGCUGAAGAACUGGACAAGAAGAGCUCUGUCAUUGCUGAGCUUGAAGGCCGGAAACAAUCACUGAACCGGGAUCGGGCCUCAGCAAAACAACGCAUCAUGGCUAUUGGGAGGGAGUCGGCCACCGUUCAAGGCGAGCUUGGUUCUCUCGACGUGGACGAGGGCUCUGAGGCUGCUCUUCGUGCAGAAAUGAAAGAAGUCGAGGCAAGGAUUGAGGCAGCAAAGACCGACGAACAAUCUUCGGACCUCGACGACCAGAUCAAAAAGGUCCAGGAUGAGAUCUGGCAACUGGAAACUCAAGCUGCCAAGCUCGGGCGGGAACUGGUUGAAUGCACCAGACUGGCGUCUGAGCGUGCACAGCUUGAUCUGCGCAAGAAGCAGCUGACUGACCGACGGCGCGAUCUUGAUAUUCUCAAGAAUACCUGGUCUGAGCAGCUGUCGGCGCUUCUGGGCACAAACUGGACACCGGACACUGUCGAAGCUGAAUUUCAGAGCGCCUUGAGAAAGCAGGACGGUGUUGUUGCCGAAGCCAGAAAACAGAAAGACGCCACGCAGCAAGAACUCAAGCAGGUCGAGUACAGGCUGUCCACCACUCGGGACCGGUACACCAAGCUUUUAACAGAGAUGAAGAGCUGCCAACGUGACGUUUUGAAAGCACUACGUGCCACGAGGGACGAGAACGACCCUGAGCACCCCCUUAUCGACAACUACGAGGCGCAGACAAAGCACGUAGAGACGGAGCUUGCCCAGAUCGAGUCCGAUCUCAAGUUGACUGAAGAGAUGAAGACCUACUACACCAAGGUCAAGACAGUUGCCGAAAAGCACAACAAGUGCAACCUUUGCGACCGAGAUUUCCUCAACCAGGAAGACAUAAAGAGGAGGGUCUUCAACAAGAUUGCCAAAGUACUUGGCGAUGAAGUGAAGCAGGAGUUGGAGGCGGACAAGGCAGAUUUCGCUGCUCGUUUGAGGCAGUUGAAAGCUGUGCGUGCCCAGUAUGAUACCUAUGGACGUCUCGAAAAGGAGGUGCCUACCCUGUCCGCGGAGCUCAAUGUCUACACAACCCAAAAGGAAGACCUGGUGCGGCGGCUGGAGGACAAGGACCUCGCCUUUGGCAAGGCGGAAGAGCAACGACGGGAGAUGGACUCUCUCAGCAAGAAUGUUUUGAAGAUUUCUCAAAAUCACAAAGACAUCCAGGAAGCCGAGAGGCAGGUCGAGCGGUCGCAGCAAUCUUCAAGCGUGACCACUCGCAGUCCGGACGAAAUCAACGAGGAGCAGACCACCUGUGCGGAGCAGACUCGUGUCGCCCAGGCCAGACUCAACAAGCUCACUGUCGAGAGACAGCGACUCAAGGAUUUCGCUUCGCAGCUCGAGGUGGAGAGGCUUGAGUUGAGACACAAGAUAGCCACUGCGGCCCAGCAACUUGAGCGGAAGAAGAGUCUUCAAGACCAAAUUCGUCGGUUCAAGGAGGAACAAGCGCAGCUUCGCGAGUCGGUUCAGACUGCUGACAAUGAUCUGGAAGCCCUCGAGCCCGAGAUGGCCACCGCACGCUCUGCCCUUGACGAAGUGCGGCAACACGGUCGGGCCAAGGAGCAAAAGGUCACAGAGAAGCGCGAUGCUAUCGGGGGCACUGUCAGUGAGCUCAGGAUGAUUAACGGUGAAAUCCAAGAGUAUCUCGAGCGUGGCGGCCCCUCGAAUCUAGCUUCCAACCAGCGCGCCAUUACCACGCUGGAGGCAACUAUUGCCAACAUUGAGGCUGAGAUGAAGGGUUUGACCGUGCAGAUCAACAACCUGAAUAAGGAGAUUGACAACAGCGACGCCAAGAAGAGAAACAUCUCCGACAAUCUCACCUACCGCAAGAACCUCCGCGAGCGUGUCGCGCUUCAACAGGAGAUUGAGGAGCUCAAAUCCCGCAAAGCCGAGGAAGACUACCAGCGUCUCAGCCUCGAGGCGCGCAUCCUCGAAGAUCAACGAGGCCUGUUGACGGCGGAGCGGGAACGGUUGAUGGGCAACGUGGCGUCGAAGGACGACCAGCUGAACCGGCUGCAAGAAGAAUACGAUCUUGACCUCAAGGGCGCCAAGGCCAAGUACAAGGAAUCGCACAUCAAGGUUGAGACGACCAAGGCUGCUAUUGACGACCUUGGCCGGGGCACCAUGGCUCUCGACCAUGCCAUUAUGCAAUUCCACUCUCUCAAAAUGGAGGAGAUCAACCGCAUCAUCGGCGAGCUCUGGAGGGAGACGUACCAAGGCACAGACAUUGACACGAUCCAGAUUCGGUCCGACGUAGAGUCGGGUGCCGGUUCGGGAGGCGGCGGCAAGCGCAACUACAACUAUCGGGUUUCGAUGGUCAAGGGCGACACGGAGAUGGACAUGCGCGGGCGGUGCUCGGCAGGCCAAAAGGUGCUGGCGAGCAUCAUCAUCCGGCUAGCACUGGCCGAGUCGUUUGGCGUCAACUGCGGCCUGAUCGCGCUGGACGAGCCGACGACCAACCUCGACAGCGACAACAUCCGCAGCCUGGCGAGCAGCCUGCACAGGAUCAUCAAGGCGAGGCAGUCGCAGGGGAACCUGCAGCUGAUUGUCAUCACCCACGACGAGGAGUUUUUGAAGCACAUGCGGUGCCAGGACUUUUGCGACACGUUUUACCGGGUGGAGCGCAACGCGAGGCAGAACAGUGUUAUUCGGGUGGAAAACAUCACGAGGAUCUCCGAGUAAGAGAGGGUAGACAGCAUGUAUAUGUUGAUGAGGUAUUAAUUAGCAAAUGGAGGGUCUGGGAGUUGAUCACGGUAACGUGUGUCUUUAGCUGAACAGGGACAGGUGAUUGCGGAAAAAAAAGGGGAUAAUAUGGGAGAUCAACGCUCGCCCGAGGUACAUUGUGAGGCAGCCCGCAUCAUAUGACUGGAUGGGGUGAUGCUCGAAAUUGUUAGAGGGUACGAAGCACGACUUGUAUUGGGGGGUUAGAAUGCCGAAUUUACGGCAGGCAAGAGGAUGCGGUGACGCCUUGGGGUUUUUGAAGGACUCAACAGCAAUCCAGUUAAUGUUGCCCUGCAGGUCACUCGGGUAAACGCAGGCCAGCAGUGAAGUGUAUAUCUGAGCCUCUACUGCUGAUAUUACUCUUUUGCAAUCUGGUUUCUAUAAUCUUGAUCAGCGUUGGCUCUCGAACAUACAUCAGACAGACCUACCAUCGCGUAACCGCCUCAGGAUGCCGACUGUGUUUUUGCCCUCCGUCUCUUGGUCUAUAUCUCUCGACCCAAGACAGGCAGUAAACAUAUCGGCUUUCUAUAGAGCAGAGCUUACAGCUUGUCUCCAUCUUCCCUUCUUGUCCUGUAAAACUGCUUGGGAAGUCCCUUCUACAAGUCCUCCUCAUCAUCAUCCCUCCUCCUGUUGUUAUUAUCCCUCACCCCCGGACUCCUCGACCUCGACCUCCCACUCCUCUGCCCCCUAUUAUCCCUCCCCCUACCACCACCUCCUCCAGCAGAUCUCCCACCUCCUCUAAUCUCCCCAUUAUGGCCCUGCUGGUUGUUUCCCUUCCCAGGAGGCGGCCUCACAAAUGCAAAGUCAACUUGCACGUUCUGGUCCAAGAGGGGCGUGUUGUGCGCCCCGUCGAUGGCGGCUCUUGCUUCCUCAAUGGUGGAGUACUCGAUCAAGGCGUAGCCCUUUUUCUGUCAGCCAACCUUUUGAGCAAGGGGGAAGAUACCUUGACAUAACCCGUCCGUCUGUCCAGGUUGAGAUGCAGGUUCCUAAUCUCGCCGUACUCCCCAAACAUGUCGUGGAUGGCCUCUUCGUCGGCCUCCUCAUGCACGUUGGUCACCAUGAUGAUCCAGCCUUCGAUCGAGCGGACGGCCGUGGCGCGAGUGUGUGUUUGCAUGGCUGAGGUGUUGGCGUAGGUUGAGGAGGUUGUUGUUGUUGUUGUUGUUGUUGUGGCGGGUUGUUCUUGCUGGGGCUCGUCCAGCUCCAUUGUGUCGUUGUUCUCAGCCGUGGACAUUUUAA